CAGAAGUUACUUCCCUUGAAUUUAAUUAGCGCUGCAUAAUCAGUCAUGAACGCUGAGUUUUAUCAAAGUGCAUCAAUCUUAGAGGUGCACAACGCAAGGAUAAACAUAGUAGGUGUUCCGUUCACCACCGCGAAGGUUUGAUCAGAAAUGUGGACAUGUUCUUUGGGAUCAGUGUGACCACACAGUAGAGAUGUUCUCGUCAAACCACCAGCACAGUUCUAAGGCCAAGUCUAGUGGCCCCAAUCACUCCCUCUGUCAAGGUGGGGCACGGCCCAAGGUCACAAGCCAAGGAAAGCAGGUCUCAGACAAGGGCCACUGCAACAGCAAGAUCAAGGGUCCUCAAGGAAAACUGGUGUCAGAUAACUUUCAGUGCAAUGGCAAUGGUCCUCAAGGAAAGCAGGUCUCAGACUGCAACAGCAAGGACUGGAAGAAGGAGAGCCGAGAGGAUAGAUCUUGUGAAAGACUGAACAGUCUCAGCGAGGAACAGAUUGAGAAGUUCUUCUCGUGUCCAUACACUAGUGUUGAACAGGAAGAAGCAGGUGCCCACAGACAGAAGGACGGAGUGCAGGACACAAGCUUGUGGGCGGAUGAAGGCGACCAGGUGUAUGAUGGCAGGUGUGAUGGCCGACCUCACUGCGAAGCCAGUGGUGGUCACUGUAGGAAACAGGUGAAGUGUAGUCGACAGGAGUCUUCUUUCGCCUUUCCUCUUCUCCACUGGGCGUUUGGAAACCGGCCUUACUCUACACGUGGACGCCUCUACAACAGCCUGUUCGAGCCUUUCAAUAGGAGCAGUAGGAAUGUGUGUCACUGCAGCGAGUGUGUGAAGGACCGUGUGUGCCGGUCAGCCAGUGUCCAGGGGGUCAGUGCCAGGCCCCCGAAACGCAGCAUCAGUAAGUCUCAGAGCUUGAUGCUGAAUCGGGCAUCUGUGAAUGACAUGAAAGCUCCCACCCAGCAGGUGAACCACAUCUCCUUGUAUGACGAGAAGGAUGAGCGGCUGGCGCUGGAGAGAUGGCGGAACGCAGGCUUGGCUCUGAGACGGGUCCUCAACAGCAAGGUGGCCUCGAAACACCGGAGUGGCGACCUCAAUGGCGACCUCCAUGGCUCUGGGGACGGUCUGUCCACAACAAGCAGCCGGGAGAGGUUGGCUCAGCAGUGUCAGAAUGUCGUUGAUGAGAUAUUUGAUGAUGUUGAUGAAGAAGACACUUUGAAGAACGUGGGAUCAUCCUCAACCUGCUCAACCAGUGAGUCUCCAGAAGUGUUCUCCUUGUUGUCUGACCAAACUGACCAGCCAGGGGACCAGUCAAAGCCGGCCUCCUUCCAGACCCAGGUUGUCAGUGCUGUCGACAGGCCGGGUAUAUGGGACAGUCAGCUGUAUUCCACAGAUAUAUCGAGCCAGUUCGAUCUGUCCCCAGAUCUGGACGACUCCCAACCUGAUAGUCAGGAAAAGGGAGGCGAGGAAAGCUUCCUGUUUCCAUGGAAACGGCAUGCAACGUUUCUGGGCGCGUGUCUGUUUCCGCAAUGUAUGAGCAUGAUAGGACUGCGUCCGUACACAAGUGCAAUAAACCGCAGUGGGACAGAGUGCAAUGAAUCAACCCCGGAGUGCAAUAUGAACUCAUCGAAGCAAGGCUGUGAUAACUCCGCUGUCAGAGCGGGUGGUGCAAUGUUGACUGUAGGAGACACACCGAGACCACACAGUGGACAUGCAUAUAAAGAUAACUGUGAUAUGGGGAAGAGUUGGGUUCGAACCGAUGCUGCCGGCAACCAUGGCCGGCAGAAUGCGAACCGGCUUAGUUCAAACAAUGAUGGAGAACAUUUUGUGGUUGAGAAACCGCUUUCAUCGGAUUCCCAUGGCGAGGUGGACAGACUGGGCUGUGUCCGUCUGUCCAGCAGUCAGUGCACAUCCAGUUUCCAUAGUGAGGACGGGUAUGCCACUAAAAGUAGUGGUUACCAUGGUGACAAGGGAGGCGACUCUGACUUGACAGACAACAGUUCCAUGUGUGGUGAUAGUGGGGAGAUCUAUUUCUAUGAGGACAAUGACAAGUUUGAUACUGUGCCACGGAGGAAAAAGUCGAAAGAGAAAGCUGCAAACCCCCCCAAGAAGACUCUGCAGCGGGAAAAGAAGAAGAAGCUCGUCCAUGCCCGGAAGACACACAAGAGGAAAAGUAGCUCCAGCUCCAGUGACAUCGUUCAAGAAGAGGGUUGUCAUGGGAAUGAUGAUGAUGGCGAAGACAUAAAGGUUGCUGAAGUGCCAACUGCAUUCUCAUCAGCAUUUGAGCCUUGUCCCAGUUUCGCCCCACGGGAAACACAAGAUGGCUACAGCCAGGGACAGAUAACUCCACCACGCCGAACGGCUUCAGUUGCACGUCAUUUCCUUGAUCGUGGAGGCAGGACCUACAACCAUCAGUGCCCUGCUGCUCAUAACGGCCACUUCCGCAUCAAUGAUGUCACCUCAUCCGAUUUGUCGAGUCUGCCAAACUUUGAGUUAGCUCCCUUGUAUCAUCUUCCAUCAUUCCUGGAAUCGUCACAUGACUCCUCGCUGCCCUGUCACAUGACAUCGGACAUCAGCGGCUUUCACCACCUCUGGAGUGAUGGACUAGUUGCAGAACCAGAGAAAUCUGUCAUGUCACCCUCCGCUGUUGGCCCUUCAGACAGGGCAGAUUACCCUGAACAUCCUGAAGACCAAAUUUCAUUCCUUGAACAGCACAGGGGAGAUAACUGUUUUGGGGUCAAGUCUCGGCUAAAUGGGGAUGUUGCGGCAGGUUUCAAGGAUUGUCAGGUUGAUUUUAAGGAUGUGGAGGAUGUAGAAAAGGAUCUGCAGGGUGUUGAAAAAGAUCUGCAGGGUGUUGAAAAAGAUCUGCAAGAUGUUGAGAAGGACCUUCAGGGUUUUGAAGAGGACCUUCAAGGGUUUGCGAGGGUUACCCAGGCGGCAGUAGGAGAGAGUGACUCUGUACGCCCUUCUGACAGGGGAGGUAACUCUCUUCUGUCCCCUGACUCCUGGAUACGGCUGAUCGAUGAGAUCUACAAGCCGAUCGUGUGUGAGAGUGACGCAGGGGAGGAGUCUGCACUGUCGGACAUUGAGGGCGACAAGAAUCAGGACAAGACUCCAGAUUUCUUCCGGUGUCCUGACAAUCCGGACAAGACUUCAGACAGCGGUGAUGCAGAUGAUGAGUUUGAGUGUGAGUGUGACCACUGUCAGCUGCUCCGCAACCUUGACUGCCCAUCUCACUUCCUGUCCGCCAUCAACUCCAGCAGAGACACGGGGCGGGAGACUGGCGACGCCUCACACCGACCAGAUCCAUGGGAGAAUGACUGGACUCCGAGCGCUGAUGACAGUUUUGAGAUCAAUUUGGAUGACCUUCGACCUCUGGAGCCAUUCCUGCUGUCCUUGCAGGAUCUCCCGCAGGAUCCCGUAGACCUCAUGUUUCAGAAUGUGAUCACCCAGAUGCUGGCCGUGCACCCGGAGCUGCUGGGGGACCAGGCCCCACCCCCCGUGCCUCAGACUGUCAUUGACAGCCUCCCCUCCCUCACAGCUACACACGACAACAUAGUAGAUGAUGACCUCACCUGCCCUGUGUGCCUCUGUCACUUCCAGCGUGGAGAGGACAUGACCCGACUGCCCUGUCAUCACCUGUACCACCCACUGUGUAUCCAGGCCUGGCUCGCCAAGUCUGGCACAUGUCCUGUUUGCCGACACAGUCUACACAAUGAAGGUGAAGGUCGGAGUGAGGAUUGAUAGAAGGUCAAGGUCAACUGGAUGACCAAAACAAGAUAUUAGCUUCUAGGCAACAAUGAUAUUGUUUUAGUAACUUAUUACUUAUGUUAUGUCCAGGUGGAGAUGAAAUUGAUAAUGCACAGUCACAUUCCGCCUAUUGGUUGCUCGAUUGUUACCGUGGUUACCCUGGAGGUUAUAUUGUGCUUUGUGGGCACCACAGGGUAAUGUGUUAUGGACGUUAAAAUCUGUUGAUUUUCAUUUUGAAUGUAAGUCUAGAUGUGGCUAGAUCCCUGAACUUGUUGUUGCGGAAUGGUCCGUAGUGGUUGUCGCCUUUUUACCUUACUGUGCUGUGAUUGUAUUGUCAUAGUGUUAGCUGGAUGACUGGUUCCUCUCCCUGAAGCUUGUAUGCGUGUCUCCGUCUUUACACUGACAGUAGACAAUACUGUCCCCCACACCAGUGCCCCCAGUACAUCAGACCACCCCUGUGUUAGCUGUUGGUAACCCCCGUGGAGAUGACUGGUUCCUCUCCCUGAAGCUUGUAUGCGUGUCUCCAUCUUUACACUGACAGUAGACAACACUGUCCCCCACACCAGCGCCCCCAGUACAUCAGACCACCCCUGUUUGUUAGUCUCAGCACCCCCAGUACAUCAGACCACCCCUGUAUGUUAGCCUCAGCACCCCCAGUACAUCAGACCACCCCUGUAUGUUAGUCUCAGCACCCCCAGUACAUCAGACCACCCCUGUAUGUUAGCCUCAGCGCCCCCAGUACAUCAGACCACCCCUGUAUGUUAGUCUCAGCACCCCCAGUACAUCAGACCACCCCUGUAUGUUAGUCUCAGCGCCCCCAGUACAUCAGACCACCCCUGUGUUUUAGUCUCAGUGCCCCCAGUACAUCAGACCACCCCUGUAUGUUAGUCUCAGCACCCCCAGUACAUCAGACCACCCCUGUUUGUUAGUCUCAGCACCCCCAGUACAUCAGACCACCCCUAUGUGUUAGUCUCAGCGCCCCCAGUACAUCAGACCACCCCUGUGUGUUAGUCUCAGUGCCCCCAGUACAUCAGACCACCCCUGUAUGUUAGUCUCAGCACCCCCAGUACAUCAGACCACCCCUGUUUGUUAGUCUCAGCACCCCCAGUACAUCAGACCACCCCUGUGUGUUAGUCUCAGCACCCCCAGUACAUCAGACCGGCCCUGUAUGUUAGUCUCAGCACCCCCAGUACAUCAGACCACCCCUAUGUGUUAGUCUCAGCACCCCCAGUACAUCAGACCUCCCCUGUGUGUUAGUCUCAGCACCUCCCCAUACAUCAGACCACCCCUGUGUGUUAGUCUCAGCACCCCCCCAUACAUCAGACCACCCCUGUUUGUUAGACUCAGCGCCCCCAGUACAUCAGACCACCCCUGUGUGUUAGUCUCAGCACCCCCAGUACAUCAGACCACCCCUGUAUGUUAGUCUCAGCACCCCCAGUACAUCAGACCACCCCUGUUUGUUAGUCUCAGCGCCCCCAGUACAUCAGACCACCCCUGUUUGUUAGUCUCAGCGCCCCCAGUACAUCAGACCACCCCUGUUUUUUAGUCUCAGCACCCCCAGUACAUCAGACCACCCCUGUAUGUUAGUCUCAGCACCCCCAGUACAUCAGACCACCCCUGUAUGUUAGUCUCAGCGCCCCCCGUACAUCAGACCACCCCUGUUUUUUAGUCUCAGCACCCCCAGUACAUCAGACCACCCCUGUGUGUUAGUCUCAGCGCCCCCAGUACAUCAGACCACCCCUGUAUGUUAGUCUCAGUGCCCCCAGUACAUCAGACCACCCCUGUAUGUUAGUCUCAGUGCCCCCAGUACAUCAGACCACCCCUGUGUGUUAGUCUCAGUGCCCCCAGUACAUCAGACCACCCCUGUUUGUUAGCCUUAUGUUAACCCUGCUGCUUGUAUGAAUGUCUUGGAUACACACUGACUGCACACAAGACGUACCGACCCCAACACCCCAGCCUCUACACUAAGUCUGAUCACCACUUGUGUUGAAUGUCCACCCCUUGCUAGUCCUACUUGGGAUGCAACUCUCUAUCUUCACAAUACAUUAUAUACGACUUUGAUAAAGGAAAUGCUCUGAACCUCAUGAGGGAUGGAGGCAUGGUUGUGUGUGGAGGUGAAAGUAUUGAUUGUGAACAAUGAGAGGAUCGUUCAGGCUAUCCUACCUUAAGUUCCAAGCUCUCAGGCACAAGCCGGCGUUUUGGUGAAGGGGCCACCACUAGGAUGGAAGCAGCCUCUAGUCCACUAGUCCGAGACUAGUGACAUCUGACUUUCAUAACCCCUACUGAUGUAUGUACCAUGUGUUAACAUAGUAUUUACAUGUAACAUGUAUGUACUAUGUGUUCAAAGUAUUUACAUGUAACAUGUGUCCACAGUGUUUACAUGUAUCAUGUAUGUACCAUGUGUCCACAGUGUUUACAUGUAUCAUGUUUGUACCAUGUGUUACCAAAGUGUUUACAUGUAUCAUGUGUGUACCAUGUGUUCACAAAGUGUUUACAUAUACCAUGUGUUUACAAAGUGUUUACAUAUACCAUGUAUGUACCAUGUGUUCACAGUGUUUACAUGAAUCAUGUAUGUACCAUGUGUUCACAGUGUUUACAUGUAUCAUGUUUGUACCAUGUGUUACCAAAGUGUUUACAUGUAACAUGUAUGUACCAUGUGUUCACGUGUUUACAUGUAUCAUGUAUGUACCAUGUGUUCACAAACUGUUUACAUGUAUCAUGUAUGUACCAUGUGUUCACAACGUGUGUACAUGUAUCAUGUUUGUACCAUGUGUUCACAAACUGUUUACAUGUAUCAUGUAUGUACCAUGUGUUACCAAUGUUUUUACAUUACCUUGUGUGUACAAUGUUCUCACGUGUGUAACAUUGAUAUGCCAUGUAUUUAUCAUGUGUAACGUGUGUAUCAGAUGUGUAAUUUGUUGAUCAUUGAUGUACCAUAUGGGUACAGUGGAUGUACCACGGAUGGUACAUGUGUGCACCACAUGAAUACUGCGGAUGUACCAUACAUCUAGUAUGGAUGUUUCAUUGUUAUAAGCUACCGCUGUGUUUUUUCCUUGGGCACAGGGGAUGUGUGAUGUCUGUUUUCUACUCUCUAUGUUAGCGUUAUUGACAUUAGUUAUUAUCAAAUGUCACUUUUGUUAAGCAUUUUCUUUUAGCUAUUUAAAGAUAAGACUGCCUUAAGAAUCACCUUUUUGCGAUUCCUAAUUGUAGCCAUGUACUUUUUUAGAAAGUCAUGUUAACUUACCAAUGUUGAAGAUUAUUGUUAUCCAAACACUGCCAAGCUUAUCCAAAGCUAGAUUCUGUUAAAGUACUCACGGAAAUGAAAAAAACCUGUUUUUCUCAAUUUAAAAAUGGACACAAAGUGUUACGUAUCUGUAAAUACAAAAUAACAAAACAACUCGAAAAGUACUAGUCUGGAUUUGCUAGU